AUGGCCCUCAAAUUCCGCCGCCCAGCUCUACCAAUACAAUGGCUCAUCCCCCUCCUCGUCAUCAACCUCUUCAUCAUCAACCUCGGCCUCUCAAUCGCCAGCUACCCGGCCACGAAGCUCAUGCAGGACAUCAUCUGCAAACACCACCUGGGCCUCACAUUCGACGACCUCUUACCAGAAUCGCAAUGCCACGAUAGAGCCGUGCAGCGAGAGCUGAAUAUUGUCGCGAUUGGAGCGGCCGUCUCUGCCACAAUUGCUGGCGCUCUGGUGUCUCUCCCACUCGGUAUGCUAUCCGACAGGAUUGGCCGAGUGCCCAUCCUCGCGCUGAGCAUUCUCAGCCUCUUCUUAUCCGAGAGCUACUCCCUAUUCAUCUGCUGGAGAUGGCGACAGAUCCCCCUAAGAGCCAUCUGGGGCUCCGGCGCCAUCAUACUCCUGGGUGGAGGACAGGGAGUUGCAGAAGCCAUGGUCUUCACCAGCAUCUCAGACGUGAUCCCCGAGUCAAAACGAGCAACAUGCUUCCAAUGGGUCGUCGCCGCUGUUCUCUCCGCCAACCUCUUCGGCCCCGUUAUCGCCCGCCCUCUUACCGACAUCUCCAUAUGGCGCCCUCUGUGCAUCUCGCUCGCCCUCGUUGCCAUCGGGGGCAUCAUACUCGUGACGCUCAUGCCAGAAACACUCCACAGCCGUGACUCUCCCGCUCAAAUCGGCGAAGAUACGCCCAUCAUCCACAGCAACAACCAUCACCACAACGACGACGACGACGACGACGACGAUACCGCCUCACAAACACCAGUGGCAUCUACCAAAUCCACUCUCAAGGCCCUCCUCCGUCGUCCAGCCGUAUACCUCCUCCCAGGCGCCAUCCUCACCAUGCCAGUCGUCUCAACGCAACACGGCAUCCUCAUGCGCCUCAUGCCCAUCCAGUUCGACUGGCCUCUUUCCCGAGCCGCGCUGCUCCUCUCUCUAAACGCCGCAGUCACUCUCCUCACACUACUCGCCAUCCUGCCUUUAGCAUCCUACGCUCUCUAUAGGAAAACUUCGAUUUCCGCUCUCCAACGAGACCGCAUCCUCGCCCGCGCCAGUGUCAUUCUCUUUGUUCUCGGUUCUUUUUUCCUCAUGAUGGUCAGCAAAGCCAGCCUCAUCAUCAUCGGCGUUGUUCUAUCUGGCCUUGGAUCUGGUGUGCCGACUUUGUGCCGCACGCUGCUCGUGGCUCUUGUAGGCAAGCAUAAGACUGGCAUGCGAGCUGAUUAUUGGUCCGCUCUUUGA